UGACAAAUGAACUGAAUGUCAAAAGAACGAAGGUUAGGUAGGUAGAUCGUAGAUUUAAAAUAAAAAAAGAGGAAAUUGAGGUUACGAGUACGAGAAAAUAUAAAAGUGAAAAUGAAUAUUUUAAAAAAUAUAUCAACUUUAUUAACAACAAAUAACUUACAAAAUUUCCAACAAAUUCGUAACAAAUGGCAGAAUAGAUGGAUGAUCAGAGAUGUUAAACGCAGAAAGAUGACUACUGAGUAUGCUCCUUUAAGACUUCGUAUUAACUCUCUUCGAAAAAACGAUGUUCUUCCUUCCGAAUUAAGAGAAAUUGCAGAUGCUGAAAUACAUGCUUUACCAAGAGAUUCUGCGUUAAUAAGAACCAAAAAAAGAUGUGUGAUAACUUCUAGACCAAGGGGUGUUGUCUAUAGAUGGAGACUUAGUAGAAUUGUUUUUAGACACUUAGCAGAUUAUAAUAAAUUGAGUGGUGUUCAACGUGCUAUGUGGUAGAUUUAUUCAAUAUAAUUAGUUAUAUGUAGAUA